ACGGGUUUUAAAUGGAGUUUCAGUCCUAUCAUGAACGCCUACUCACGGUGCCAUUCUACAUGUCAAGACGGUCACCAAUUUCACUCGGAGUUCACGCGGAACCAACUCGAAACGGUUUGCUUCUGAUAUCCGCCAAGGUCGCAUAUAAAACGUCACCAUCUUCGAGUCAUUCUUGUUUCCCUGGUUAGCAACCACCUUUUUGUAACCUUAAACUACACCAUGGCCGACGUCGAAUACCUGCAAAGUAUUAUUCGACUCCAUCCCGAUUUUCCAAAGAAGGGAAUCGACUUCCUCGACAUAUUUCCCAUACUCCGUGACCCUGUCGCAUUCGAGACGCUCAUCACCCACCUUGUUCAUCACAUCACGUCGCAAACUGUACCAAAAUCACUGCGCAAAAAGGUUGAUGUCGUAGUCGGCCUAGAUGCCCGGGGAUUCCUCAUUGGGCCUAUCAUCGCGCUGCGACUGGGAGCAUCUUUCGUACCUGUUCGCAAACGUGGUAAGCUCCCAGGCGACUGUGUCUCAGCGACCUACGAGAAGGAGUAUGGUGCCGACUCUUUCGAAAUGCAAUCAGAUGCGAUCUUACCUGGGCAGUCCGUGGUUAUUGUUGAUGAUCUCAUUGCCACCGGGGGCUCUGCCAAGGCAGCUGGCGAGCUCGUCAAGAAGCUAGGCGGGGUGACAAUCGAGUAUCUCUUCAUCAUCGAGAUUAUGUUCCUUAAGGGAUAUCAAAGUUUGGAUGCUCCUGCCUACUCUGUCAUUCAACACUUGGAUUGAGUCGCCAGGCACAUUCUCUUUAUUAGUAUUUUAUGUCGAUACCCGUUUCUAUGAUUACUGCUGUGGAUUUCACUAUAGAUAAGUUCAUAUAUUCAGAGCUUGUCAUUGUAUACGUGCAUUUCUGUCACGGCAAUAUAAGCAUGUAACAAUGUUGCCCUCCAAAUUUAUGAAAUUGACGCAAAGCCAAC